CAUUAUAUAAGUAUUCCAAAAGUAGAUAUAAUAGACGACAUAUGUUUGAAUAUAUAGGUCAUUUAGUGCGCUCUUCAGGUUGCAUUUUGCGGCAAAAUUUAUCUGCCGAUGUUACACCAGAAAAUGUGCAAAAAAAUUGGUUGAAAAUAAUUGAUAUGACAUCAGCGAAGCAUCUUAAUUCAAUUCAGGAAGCAACAGGAGAAUUAUUAGGUGUUGUCGAAACUAUGAGAAGUGGUAUUUCGUCAAAUGAAGUAGACUAUGUCGUGAAGAAUAAUUAUAAUUUUCGCGAUACUAUACUAUAUGCGCUUGGAGUUGGAGCUACAACUCAAGAUCCAACUGAUAUUCGUUAUUUGUAUGAAAAUUCUGACGAGUUUGCCGUUUUACCUACUUUCUAUGUUUUGUAUGGACCUAUGGGAUGUAUGAACUCAUCUAUUGUGCAAGACGCUAUUCCAUUUACACAAAUUAAUCCAACACGGAUACUUCAUGGUGAGCAAUAUCUGGAAGUUUAUAAACAACUGCCUACAGAAGCUACGGUGGAGACGCGCUUUAAAAUUCAAGAUGUUUUGGAUAAAGGAAAAGGCGCCGUUGUCUUAAUUCAACAUGAUACUUACAAUGUAGCAAAUGAAGAGAAGUUGUCAAGUGGGCAAAUGUCUAUAUUUGUUAUCGGUGCAGGUGGUUUCAAAGGAAAACGAACAUCAACGCACACUAUUUCAACCGUUGAUCCUCCCGCUCGAAAUCCAGAUGUAACGGUUACACAAAAGACUAAUAUCGAUCAGGCUGCUCUAUACAGAUUAAGCGGAGAUCUUAAUCCUUUGCACCUUGACCCUAAUGUCGCUAUGAUGGCAGGGUUUGAAAGACCAAUAUUGCAAGGACUAUGCUCUCUAGGAUUUUCCACCCGUCAUGUUCUUCAAACUUAUGCUGCUGGAGAUCCAUAUUUAUUCAAAUCUAUCAAGGUGAGAUUUGCAAAGCCGGUUCUACCAGGUCAGACUUUGCGUACUGAUAUGUGGCGCAACAACGCUAACAGAAUAUAUUUCCAAACAUCUCUCGUCGAGACUGACGUAUCGGUCAUUACAGAUGAUCAUUAUCCACAUCGGAAGAAUAAACCGGAAGAAUUAGAAUCGAUGUCUUUACAGGAAUUUGCACAGUGAUAUAAUGUUACAAAGAACAAACCAAGAGGUAAAAAUAUUGAAUACUUUCAGAUGGAUAAUGGUUAUUAUCUUAAACAGCUAUCUUAUUGAUCAUUAUAGAUAUGAUAUUAAUACAUGGCUAGAUAAAUAUUCUUUUUCAUUGCUUCUUAUGUUUCAACCAUGGCAGAAAAUAAAAGAACUUAAAAAUGAAUGUGGUAAUUAUAGCAUCAUUUUAUGAAGUAAAAUUACAUCUUGUAGAAGCAUUACAGUAUCAGGAAAAAUUAGAGGAAUUACGAAAAA